UCUCUGGAUCUGUCCUGUUCUUAUAAAAUACAUUUCACGUUCCUUUAUGUUUCCACCUCUUCGUCUUACUGCUACCAUCUCUGAUGUCUUCCUACUGUCACCUGGUCGUUGACGCAUCUCAGUCGAUCUGUGACCUUCUACUAGGAUUGUAAGUUUUCAUGGUUUCGUCGUACGUUCUAUUCACCUUCAUCGGAUUCGCGAUUUUAAUUGCUUUCUUUGUGAGUAAAAACCGAAAGUGACGAACUCAAGGAUAAUUAGAGUUUAUUUACAUGGAGUUUUAAAUGCUUGGGAAUUCUAGUUCUGAGAUCAGUGGAAAAUAUCCACCUUCAUUUUAUUAUUGGAUUCAGAUCUGUCAAAAACAAUGCAAUUUAAUCCAUGGAGACUAAUGGUCAUACUGACUUGUAUAAGUGGUGUAUUGCCCGAAUAUUUAAUGGGCGGUCAUAUGGAUAACAAUCCACCAAAGUCUUUGCUAGAAAAAACUGAAUCUUCUCCAAAUUUGGCAAGGACGGCACAGCUGGAUGAUCUUGACCUAGAUCUUAAUAUAGAAGAGAGCACCGUUGCUCUUUCGACGUCAGACGAUGAAGAAAUGCCGCGUUAUCACGUGCCAUAUCCUUUCGCCUUCAAUGGUGGCAAGCCAUUCUCACUCGAAAAGGAUCCUAUCACCGGUAAGAUUGAUUUUGAGAAGCCUGUCAAGGCUUUAAAUUAUACCAAUCAUUAUCAAGAAUUGAACGAAGACGAACAGAUCAAAGAUUUUUCAAAAGGAAACAGUUCUUAUUUAAUGAAAAAAAAAAGGAAAAACAAAGAAACUGAGGAUGUUAGUCCCAACGAAAUUAAUCCUUAUUCACCUAAUUUUCAUGAUUUUCUUAAUCUUCCUAUACAUUAUUCUUCUGGUAAAUAUGAUAAAGACAAGUAUCCGUUGAUAUCAAGUUCUUAUGCAAAUACAAAAGUUCAGAGUGGAUCGAAUAGUUAUAGUACUUAUAAUCAUAAACCCUAUCAUGGAGAAACUGUAUAUUAUUCUACCAAAAGACCAUAUAUAUCUAAAGCAACUUCGAUUACAACGAUGACUACAACAAUGACAACAACGACACUUAAACCUACGUCAUCGAUUAUACCUAAUACCAUUACUAUUUCUACAACUUCUAAAGCUACCAUAACUUCAACGCCAAAGACAAACUCCACUACUGCUACUACUACGACAACCACUUCUCCAUCUAUUACUUCAACUUCUAUGAAGUUACCUAUUGUAACGACUUGGAAACCUUCAAUUUCCACUCCUAAACGAUUUAUUGAUUAUUUAGAGGAUUAUGAUGAUAUUCUUCCUAUAGAGAAACUUCAAUCAUCUAUGUACAAUAAUAAUCAUCAAGGAUCAAAUAAUAUAAUGCAUCAUAAUCGAGAUUCUCAAACGAAACCUCCUAUAAAACACGAAGAAUACAUCAAUAAUUACGAAGAUUAUGAAAUUGGAGAAGAAGAGGAAGAAAUAAAAGAUUAUGUUUCAAUGAAAGAAACAACCAAUGAAGUUACAAAAACCAGUACAUUGCCUACUACAACAUCCAGUUCUAAUAUAACAACGAUCACUGAAAAAAAUCCAGAAAUCAUUCCCGUGACGACUACAAUAAUAAACACAUCAGUUCCAUCAUCCUCUGCAAUACAUUUAUUACCAAUAUCUCAAGAAAAUAUUUUACAAAGUAAUUCAUUACCAUUUCAAGUUCCUUCUCUACACCCAGUAACAUCCAUGCCUUUAGAUAAUGAACAUAUGUCAUUUGAAAAUGAUCGAAAACAUGGUAUUGCAGAUAAUAUUAUUGUGAAUCAGGGAUAUCAUCCAAAUACAAUUAUUAAUCAAAAACCAACCGGAGAAAUUCUUGUAGAGAGCACUAGUAACAUAUUGAUACCACCUGAUCAGGAUAUGGUAUCUUUUGUCCUUGGAAACAGACAAAAUGUUGAAGGUGAAUAUUAUUCCGUAGGUACUGCAAUUGGAGAGAAUCCUUAUAGUAGUUCCAGCAAAUUAGAUUCUUCUUUUCGACCUUUCUAUAAUGCAUUCAAUAAAAGCAAUUAUGAUUCACAAAUAGAUUUUCAAGAAAUAAUUGGUUCUUUAUCUGCAAUGGAGAAUAAUUACACCUAUGCUCAAUGGAGACAACCUAAUCCUACCGAAAUUCAAAAACUAGCUAAUGAAAUAGAACCUCCUAGAACACAAAAUUCAUUUAUAAAGGAUACUGUACUUUUAGAAGAGUCAGAAGAUAAAAAAAAUGAUAAAAAUGUUAAUCAUAUAAUCAUAUUUCCUAAGGAUGAAUCUAAACAAUCGAUCGAAGAUUAUAUCAUUGUUACAAAUGAAACUAAUGAAAUAAAAUCUUCUUCCACAACAUUAAAACCUGUAAGAGUGGAUCCUCUAAUUUCAAAUAAAGAAUACCUACCACAACUUUCAGAGAAUUUGACUCCACCGGCUGAACAACCAAAGUUGCCUUUACAAUUUUAUUAUCACUAUAAUUAUGGAGGUCUUGCAGUACGGCCUGAUCAUUUUAGACCUCAAAGAUUACCAUCUCGUGGAAAAUCACCAUCAUCAUCUCCUACUCUUCCUUCAGAACUCAUAGGAAUAAGAAGACGCCCUUAUUCUCCCGAUUCUACUUUACCAAAUAUUCUCCCACAAUUUCGUCCAAAUGCUAAGACAUCUCAUGGACAUCGUGGAUCAGAAAUCAUUGGAACAAUUCCAGCUGGUCAAACUUAUCCUACUAGAGUAAGACAACCUGUUCAAUCAUAUCCUUCAACUAGGAGACCUUUACUUCCAGCUCCAUUCUAUCUUCAGAGACUAAAUCCUCCUCCUCCUCCUCCUCCUCUUCCAAUUCAUGCUGUUAAGUUUGCUACAAAAAUUGAAAAUGCAAUGUCUUCUCGAGACACAGAUUCUACAAUUAAGAGGUUUCGUCUCCCAUCGGUAUCAGUUACUUCAAGAGGAGAAGAUAUUAAAUUAGCACAUCGAUUAACUAAUCAAAAAUUACGAUUGGAAGAAGAAGAACGGUCAGAACGUUAUUCGGAAGAACCACCUCAACUUCCGCCAAAGCCUCCUUUAUUUCCCAAGAGAAGAACAGCAGAUCCACCACAUGUAGCCACUCUUCAAAUGAUUCAACAACAUAAGGAAUUCGAAGAAGAUAUUACAGAAUCAAAUUUACCAAUGAGUAUACCAAAUACAGAUGAUGAAUCGGAUAGAAUAAUGAUUGAUCAAAAUGCAGAUGGAAGAAAACUUGAAAAUCAUGAAACAAUGGCUGAGUCACCAGUUUAUGUAGUUUAUCCUGUGAAUACUGCUGUAAAUAUUCAUCCUGAUGAUUCUAGAGAAAAAGACGAAAGUGUGGUAGUUGGAACGAGAGGUCCUCAUCGACCACUUCCUCCAGAAACAUUGCUUCAGGACAAUGAGAAUCAACAAGAAAUGAAUCAAGAAAUAAAACUUUCUAUUCAUAAUGUAUUUAAUAGACGUCCAGUUAUGUCAGAUUUUCCAUAUCCUUUAGAACGUCCUGAUCCUUCCAUUCUUAUUAAUGGAAUGAGAGAAACGCCAUUAUUAGUACCCAAUGAUCAGCGACAAAAAGAAAAUUCUGUACAAGAAAAUAUCGAAGAAAAAGAUGAAAAGGAUUCUAGCAUGAAUAUUAUUCCAUAUUUACAGGACUUUGUGCCUUUUCCACCGAAGAAAAAUGAUGUAAUUUCAGCUACUCUUCAUCGUCUGCCAGUCUUGCCUUCCUCUACGCCAAUUGCUUAUGUUUAUACUCCAACAAUGCAAUCUUCUCAUCGUUUAGAUGUAGAUAUACGAGAUGAAAAAAAUUCUGAAAUUGAUAAAAAUCAAAAACUUAUUCUGUUGCCAUCUCAGCAACCUUCUAGUUCUUCUAGUUCUGCACCAUCUCCACAAAAUUUUAUGCCACCAUUUGUAGCAAGUAUCAGUGCAGAAACACCUUCAAAAAAUGGUUGGAGCGUUGUUGCGAUGGAAUCUACUAUUAAUAGAAAAUCAGAUGAUAAUUCUUCUGAGGCUACGUUAGAAGAGAUACAGACAGAAAAAACGGAAUUUGAUGCCGAGAAUUUUAAACCACAAAUGUUUGGUGGCUUCAAACCAAUUUAUGAAUUCGCAACGCAAAAUGAGAAUCAUUCAGAACAUAAAGAAUCUAACGACUUGAAAACAGAAAUAAAUACAUAUGCCCACGAAUCUGUCAAUUCAACAGUUUGAUGACAAAAUAUAUUUGUCAUAUAGAAAAAUAUGCUAAUUAAAUGAGGAUAAAUUUCGAAUACACUAUUGCCUGAUAUUUUGAGCAAACCAAAACCGAAUUUUAUCAACUUGUAU